CAUCAUUGGGUUGGAAGUGCCAUGACAUAUAUGUAUGCACACUUUCUGGUAGCAUUUCAACACAUACUCUUUUUCAUUGCUAAUCAUUGACACAAUUCAAAUGGUCAUAUUAUUGUUGGAAUAAUCUCCACUUCACCCAUUAACUCAAGAGGACAUCCUUUUUCAGUUAAGCAAUCAAAAGAGGAGGGAGCUAAAAGCUUUAAAAGAGAUCAAGAAACUCAUUACACUACAACAAACAUCCACAAAACUUCACAGAGCUGCUGUCACAUAUUGAGAUUGUAAUACUUAGUAGUAAAAAAAAAUCCUUGGCAGUCUGUUUCACUGAGGUACAUUUAUCUUUAUUGUGGUCAAGAUGUUUGUGGAUGAGCGGAUAGUAACUCUGUUUAAAAGGAAUGCCCAUCACACACUUACCUACUGGAGUGUUUUCUUCAGCUUUGGACUCUGCAUUGCUUUCCUUGGACCUACAAUUUUGGACUUGCAAUGUCAAACAAACUCAACACUUAGUCAGAUUACCUGGGUAUUCUUUUCCCAGCAGUUCUGCUUGUUGAUUGGCAGCUCUGUUGGUGGUGUUUUCAAGAGGACGUUGUUCAGUGCUUUAGCUGCCUUAUUUGUCUCUGCUCUCAUCAUCUCUGUAAUAUUUGCCAUCAUCCCUCUGUGCAAUAAUGUUCUCCUGCUUGCCAUCGCCAUGGCUGUGUCUGGGUUGGCGAUGGGCAUUAUUGACACCAUCGCUAACAUCCAACUGGUGACCAUCUAUCAGAGGGACUCGGCUGUUUUCUUACAGGCUCUUCAUUUCUUCAUUGGGUUUGGAGCCCUAGUGAGCCCACUGAUUGCAGAUCCUUUCCUCUCAGAGACGGGCUGCGGGAAUCACACAGGGAAUGGGACUGCGAUCAUGCAUCAUUUCAGGAACAUGCUGAGAAACAGUCCAAUUGCAGAGCACAACAUAACUCAGAGCCACCUGCACCAUGAGGGAUGGGAAGAGUCUGGUGUGCACUAUGCCUUCUGGAUCAUGGCACUUAUCAAUCUGCCUGUGCCCAUUGCAGUCCUGUUACUGAUGUAUCGGGAGCAGCUGAUCCCAUGUUGCCCCAGCGGCACUCCUCGUCUUCUGGACAAAGAUGAACUAGCAAUGGAGAACCAGCAGGGGGCCGAGGGCCCAGAUGUGGAGCAGAAGGAACAUGAAGCUGGAGGUCAUGGGGAUAUCUUUAGCUGCUGUCAGAAUGAUAACCUGCGCGGGCUGCCAGUAUCCUUCUUUAUGAUUCAUAUCCUUGGUGGGAUGGUGCUCUUCAUGACCGAUGGUAUUGUGGGUGCAUAUGCCGGCUUUGUGUACACCUAUGGUGUGGCACCACCUAUGUCACUGCCUCAUAAGACAGCGGGCUACCUGGCCAGUGUCUUUUGGGCAGCGAUCACUGCUGGACGUCUGUUGUCCAUUCCUCUCUCGUACCGUUUCCAGCCUGUGAGACUGCUCAUGUUCAACCUGGCAGGUGCUAUUGUUACUGUGUUGAUGCUGCUCAUUUUCUACACCAGCAGCAUCUUUCUGUUUGUCGGGACCUGUUUAUGUGGGCUUUUCCUCAGCAGCAUAUUCCCCUGUAUGCUAGCCUAUACUGAAGACAUCCUUGAUUAUCAGGGAUGUGCAACGUCAGUCCUGGUGACAAGUGCAGGCCUGGGAGAGAUGGUAAUGCAGGUUCUGGUUGGCUCAAUUAUCCAGACUGAAGGCAGCUACAGCUUCCUGCUGUGUGGAAUGAUAAUCGCCUGCAUUGGUUUUAUCCUCUUCAUUUGUCUCCUGCUGUUCCAUCGAAUGCACAGAAAUUACCUCACAGGAACGACGAAAAAGUCAGCCAUGGUGGAGGAACCAGCAACAGAGCAGAGUGGCUCUGCCAAAACAGAACAGAAAGAUGAGAAAGAGAGCAGCUGAGAGGGUCAGCAGCUAUGUUUUGUCCUUUACUGGCCACUGCAGGGGAAGUUUUACAACAAUCUGUCAUUAAAGACUUCAAAUGUUUUACUAAAGCCUAUCAAUGUACAUUGUGCUGAUAUACUUUUAUUGGGCUGGAAAUGACAUGGUAUUUGCAAAGUAAAUAGUGUGUUACUGAGGUUAUAGUUCAAACUCUUAGAUUGUUUUUCUGUUUUGUAAGUCACGGACAGUGUUGCCGUGUUAAAUUAUGGACAAAGUGUGGAUUGGUGUUCUGUUUUAUAUUGCAUUAGGGUUUGAAAUUUUCAAUACAAGGAUUAUGAUUAUGAUUACCUGCGGAAAACUUGACAAAUUUUCUUUCUUUGUUUUUAAUUGUAUGUAUGUGGGGGGGUUUUAUCCAUGUGUUUUUGGAUAUCUUAUGGCAUAUGUACAUGAAAAUAUACAUGCUGUAGAAUAUGUGUAUUAAAACAAUUAUACUAAUACAGUGAACAUGUAGUUUUGAUUGAUAUAGAGACUGAGUUCUGUCACUGCAAAAAAAAAAUGUGGAUAGAUACAACACACAUGCAACAAUUCAAAUGUUUAUUUUCUUUGCUUUCAAAAUGAAUUACGCAAGAGGACAGCCUUGGUUUUACAAACAUCCAAUGUGGAAGGAAGGACUUUGUACUCAGAGAAAAUGGCCGAGAACUAAAGUGUAAAACAGAGUCGUCCAUCUUUGAUCAUUUAACCAGUCAAUCUAUAACUUCAGCUUUAA